AUGCUUGAUGCCCUGGCCACGCAGACGGACGACGGUGCCCUAGCCGGCAUCCCUACCGGAUCCGAAGGUAUAUCUAUACUUAGCAUCUCUUAUUCAUUCCAAGUUGCACCACUUGAGCUCGUGCCGGCUCUCUGGGCACGUGUAGCGCCGAUGUCUUACCUUAGGAAAGCUGUCGCGGCUACUCUCUUGGCUCACGUGCUACCCUUCGUGUAUUCCCAGACAAUUGUCAUAGACAACUCAACAGUUCCGGCCAACGAGUCUACAGUUGCUCCAGCCGUAGCCAGUGUCGAUGCCGGGAUCUCAAAUUCAACUGCGGAUCUGUUCGAAGGAGAGACCCUGCAGCUGACUGAUGCCGUCUUGGCUAACCUUACUGAUCUAGAGCUGUCCAAUGUCACGUUAUUCAGCUUCCAGAACGAGUCGAACUUUGCAGAGAAGCUAUCUAAGCGGUCUUUAUCUGGAUUGUGCAAGACAUAUCCAGACGACCCCUAUUGGCCUUUUCCAUCUACCUGGGGGCUUUUCAAUAUCCUACUCGGCGGUGGUUUAACCGAGACUGUCCCUUAUGCAGCGUCUUGCUAUGAUACCUUUGGGAAUCGUAACACGUCCAAAUGCGAUUUCAUCACCAAUAACUGGAUCAAUGCAUCCAUAUACCAUACUGAAGAUCCUACAUCAGUCAAUGCUGUACUGUUUCAAGGGGCGACUUGCAUGCCACCAGCACUUAUGCCUUCGAAGAGUGGAUGCACGAUCGGUGGAUAUCCAACCUACUCAGUCUCUAUCCGCAAUGUCGCGCAAAUCCAGCUUGCAGUCAAUUUCGCGCGGAAUCUUAAUCUGCGUCUGGUGAUCAAAAACACCGGCCACGACUUCAGCGCGAAGUCGGUUGGAAUGGGGGCACUGUCGAUCUGGACCCACAACCUGAAAGACAUCCGAUUCUUUAAGAACUAUAGGCAAGGACGCUAUAGCGGUCCUGCUUUCAAGCUCGGUGUCGGUGUCCAGGCUUUCGAAGCGUAUGAGGCUGCUAGGAAGAACAAUGUCACGAUAGUUGGUGGUGAGGGUCGCACUGUGGGUGUCAUGGGGGGUUUUCUCCUUGGUGGUGGCCAUUCUCCCUUAUCCAGCCUCUACGGUAUGGCUGCCGAUCAGGUACUCUCAAUGGAAGUGGUCCUGGCUGAUGGUCGGUUCGUGACUGCAAGCGAAACGAGCUAUCCCGACUUAUUCUGGGGUUUACGCGGCGGUGGGGGGUCAACCUUUGGCAUAGUUACAUCAGUCGUCGUCAAGGCGCAUCCGAAGAUCAGAGUUACGACGAUGACAUAUCUUCUAGCGACAGGACCAACGGUCACGUCUGUACAGUUCUGGGCUGCCUUGCGAGCGUUCUUUGAUGGUUUCAUCACGUAUACUGAUGCUGGAAAUUAUGAGUAUUUUCGGAUCUCAAAGGUCGGAAACGAUCAAUAUGUCUCUGACAUGGGCCCGUGGUUCGCCCCCGGGAUGUCUAGGUCUCAACUCGAAGUCAUAGUGGCCCCAUUGCUCGCUAAAUUCAAAGACCUAGGCGUUGAAGUCAAGCCGGUUUAUACAGAAUACGAUGACUUUUAUGACGCGUGGCUCGCGAGUUUCCCCGUCGAACCAUGGGGAAGUAAUGCAAUCCGACAGGCCAGUCGCUUAUUUCCGAAGUCCAACUGGCAAGACGCCGCGAAGUUGAAUGCUACCUUUGAUGCUAUCAAGAGCGUAGUUGAAGAAGGCGCGUACAUAGUGGCAUUCAAUAUUGCCGCCGCCCCCAAGGCUGGGUAUCCUGAUAACGCGGUAAAUCCAGCAUGGCGAAAUACUGUUAUGCAUGCUAUUAUGGCUUCCUUCUGGAAUGCUACCAAUACCGAAUCGGAUAUCAAAGCUGCAAGCGACAGACUGACCUUCGGCUGGAUGCAGCGCUGGAGAGAUGUAUCACCCGGAGCUGGGUCAUAUAUGUCGGAGGCAGACUACAUCGAGCCUAACUUCACCCAAGCCUUCUUCGGGAGCAAAUAUCCGAAACUAUAUCGACUUAAGCAGCAAUACGACCCAUUCGGCGUCUUUUAUGCUCACACGGCUGUCGGGUCCGAAGAUUGGAAGAUGUCCGAGAUGAUACUAGGAAACCUACCGUCCCAGAAUAGUAGAUUAUGUAGAAUUUAG